AUGACUGUCGACGCCAGCACAACUUGGCCAACAUCCACCUUGAUCAGCACGUCGAGAAAGUCGGCGCUAGGCAGCGUGCGAGUCGUCUGGGUCUCAUCCAUGAUCGGGUUGGCCACGCCCAAAGGAGGUGUGGUCUGGCACAAGCACGACAAUCAACCAACGUUGCUGGAGAACACACUUGACAAUUACAUGCAGUCCAAGUCGGGCAUGGUGUUCCUCGCCUACCAAGAUGUCAAGCGCCUUGGUUCGGAGGGUAUCACCUGCGUGCCUGCGUAUCCUGGUAUACUGAAAACAUAUCUACAGAAGAAUUUCCCCCCAGUUUUUCAAAAUGUCAUCGGUGUGAUAUCCAAGGGCGUUGAGGCAGGCGCGCACACCGAGAUCUUUGCUGGGCUUUCGCCUGAGAUCGGGCUGAAGCACAACGGCCGCUUCAUCAUCCCUUGGGGAAGACUUGGCCUUAUUCCCAAUCACAUUGCGGUCGAGGAGGUCCACGGUGCCACGGAGAUCUUCGCGUUUGGAGACCAUCUCGACCUCCCCGUAUUCCAGCUGGCCCCCGGGGAGGUCCUUACCCAAGAACAGCGCCGCAAACGCCCCAAGAUAGACGAACGAGCAUACAUUGUCUCGUCAAAAACCCUCACCACUUGGUUUCCUGCCUGGGCGCAGGCCGUCACUCAAGCUUCCGCUGUGAAGCCGCAAGGCGCGCUGGGCGUCGUACACCUUCCAAUCGCCAACCACGAGAAAUUCAAGUUCUUACUUGAUGUCGACUCUGGCUUGGAUGACCUGGACAAGCCUGAUCACACCCAUUUAUUAAUUUGGCUUGCGAGGCAUUGUCAACAGCACAAUCUACAGGAACUGCUCCAGACGAAAAUGGACAGGAGGAAAAUGAUCAUAUCACAGGAGGUCUUUCACUCGUCUCACUGUCUCAACGAGUGGGAAUAUCUUGCCGUUGCCUGUUUCCUUGGCUUCUCAAUAACAUUUCGACAGGCAGCAUAUCGACUGAGCUACUGCAUCUCAGGUGCUGAGAUGCCAAAGAUCAGCGCAGACGCAGAGGAGCUUUUGCCCACGGACAUUAUCGAUCAUACGCUCUUCUGUCGAAGCGCAUACAUCGCGUUUGUAGCCUCUCACUUCUAUACUGCCCGAGAUCGGGCCCGUGCCGGCAGUUCCACAGCUACCCCCGACAAGGUCAGCCAAGGCGUUUGCGUGCACGAUCUUGGCUUCUGCAACCGUUCACACCAGCGCAACAUCGACAAAUGGCUGGAGGAUGUCCAUCUACCCAAGUCCCUUGCCAAUGUCUUUGACACUCUCCAAGCCACUCUAUCCCCAUGCAACAGUUUCGCUCACUACAGGAUCGGUGAGGCUGGAUUGUGUCAUGAUUGCAAAGAAGCUGCCAUCACACGUCGUCUAUUCCGCAGGUUGGAGGGUUCUGCACAAGAACCACAAGAGUCACUGAUCAUGUACCUCACGAUGAACGACAGCCCAAGGGUUAUGUCUGUGAAGGCACAUGCCCAAAUUGCCAGCGUAGCCGAUGCAAGAGCAUCUCGCCUUGAGGCUAAGAAGUAG